GACUUCCACUUUUCAAUGUUUACUAAUAAUUGAGCCGUUUCGUAAACUGAACUGAUUAAACUUUUGAAGGAUGUUGGCAAUUUAAAAUUUUAUUAAUUAGUUAUUUAAUUAUUAAAAUGAUUUGACACGCAUCAGUCAUAUUAUUAUUUUUACAGUUUUGGUUAUAUUACGCAAUUUAAUUUGUUAUAUGAUGAUGCAAGUUCAAAUUUAUCGCUUUAAUAAUUACGAGAUGUUAAAAUUAUACGUCUUCUACAUAACAAUUUUAAUAUAAGAAUAAUUUUUUGUGUCUUUCCCUUUUUUCUUAAAUAAAUACUAAGUUUGUAGUUAGGAUAUCCUAUGUCAUGUCUUAAGUUUUUGUUGUUCGAUUUCAUUUUUCUACGAAUGGUUUUCUGUAGAUUGUUGGAAGAAAUCAUUUGAGCAUCUUAGAAAUGUCUGAGGUGUAUGUUCAAGUGCUAUAUGAUUUUGCCUAUCAUACAGAGGAAGGUAAUGAAGUUAAAAUGAAAGCUGGAGAAGAACUGUUACUUCUUAAGAAAUCAAAUGAAAAUUGGUGGCAAGUUAUUCGAAACUCUGAUGAUCAACCUUUUUAUGCUCCGUCCAACUAUUUAAGCAUCAUUUCUUUGUUUACUAAAGAUUCAACUGAUGUUAAUUCAAACUUCACCAAAAAUAACAAACUGGAAGAUAACAACUUAAAUCAAACUUUUAAAAGUAAAACCUCAAAAAGUCAAAGUGUAGAAAGCUAUCCAGAGAAUGGCAUUUCUAAAUCUCAAUGUAGAGAUGCACUUUCAUUUAGCAAUCCUCUUUGCUAUAAUGAUGAAUUAAAUGAUGAGUGUGGAAAGAACUCAGUGAGUCAAUCAAAUAUUUUACCUUCCCAAAAGGAACUAACAUCAAAUGAGUUAGAAAAUAUUGAAGUUUCAAAACUUAGUGACAAUUCCUUUACUCAAGAAUCAGAGGCUCCAAUUUAUAUGAACCUCCCUUUGCAAUUUGGUAAAUUACCACCUGUACCCAAAAAUCACGAUAAACCUGUAAGAAAACUUAGCAAUGAUUGGUUUGAAUAUGUCGAAGAAGAUAGUGGACGUAAAUAUUACUAUCAUUCCUCUACGCGAAAGGUAACCUGGAAACCACCGCGGCGUCAUGAAAACAUGCAGUCUCCAUCCUCCAACAGUGAAUCUAAUAGUCCAAAAUCUAACAAUAGUUCUAUCAAAGUUGUUCCCGAACCACCACCUAAACAGCUAAAACCCAAGCUAAAAAAGUUGGUUCAUAGUAGCAAUGAAAGUUUAGAAUCUCAAUCAUCGCCAACUAUGUUUACCAUUUUACCACCUGGAUGGAGCCAAAUGACUGAUUCAGAAAAUGGCACUUGUUAUUAUUUUAAUGAAGCUUCCAAAAAAAAGUGGUAUUCUUCUUUGGAUGAAAACGGACGCACAUAUUUUUAUGAUGAAGAUAAUUGUGAAUCUGUAUGGGAAUUGCCAGAUUUAUCCAUUACAUCUGACACUGAGGAGUCCAAAGUUUCUGAAGCAAGCUUGAGUUCUUUGCAGUCUGCUGAAAGUUCCUCCCGGGAAGUAUCAUUUAGUAACAAGCUCAAUCAUUCUCCUUCACCAAAGCUACGAAAAGCUCCUAGAAUACCAGUACUUCGACAGUUUAAGACUAGGUCCCUUAUUGUUCCAGAAUGUGUAAAUUUAUCUGCUACUGAAGACAAUAAAGGAUUUUUACCACCUUCAUUUGGAGAAGGGUAUUGGCCUUCUGUUCAAGAUGGUCAUUUUAAACUGAAAUUACAGGACAUGUUAAAGAAGGAGUCUUCAAUCACUCGCAAAGGAACUUUAAACAAAACAAAAUUAGUUGAAGGUGGAAAAAGAAUUCGAAAGCAUUGGACUUCAUCUUUUGUGGUUCUUACAGAUGUUUUCCUUUUGUUCUACAAAGAUAUUAGAUCAGCUCAUUUGACUUCACCUGGUAUAAAACCUGAACUUUGUAUCGAUUUAAAUGGAGCUUUAGUUGAGUGGUGUCCUGAAAAAUCAAGCAGGAAAAAUGUUUUCCAGAUUAGCACUGUUUUGGGACAUCAACUUUUAUUGCAAGAUGAUAAUGCUCAAACUACUAAAGAGUGGUUCGACACUAUUCAAGCUGCUAUAAUGAUGUUGCCUUCCAGCAUUGAACAAGCUUCUCAUAAUCGGGAUGACAAUGCUCUGAAAAAUGCUAAGCUAUCACGAUCGAAGUCUACCAAACAUUACAAUUAUGGAAAAAAUAGUGCAGAUGCAGAAAAUGAUAUUUCUAUCCCAGCUGAAAAGAAACGAAAAAUUAGAAAUAAGCUGAAACAGUUCUUUGUAAGGCGACCCACACUUGAGAGCUUAAGAGAAAAGGGAAUUUUGUUAGAUGAACCUGUAUUUGGCUGUCACUUGGAAAAUUUAUGUGUGAGAGAAAAUGGGAAAGUGCCUAGGUUUGUUAUGAAAUGCAUUGAAGUUAUUGAAAAGAAAGAAUUAACAGCUGAUGGGCUGUACAGAGCAAGUGGUAACCUCUCUCAAGUACAGAAAAUAAGAAUCCAUGUUAAUCAAGAUGAUUAUUCUUGUCUCCAUGAGGAAGAUGAUGUUCAUGUUUUAACGGGAGCUUUGAAAAUGUUCUUUAGAGAGAUGAAGGAACCACUUUUUCCAUUUUGCAUGUUUGACAAGUUUUUGAAUGCCAUUGCUUUACCUGAUUCAAGUAGUAAAUUGGAUGCUCUUUGUAAACUUGUUCAAAAAAUGCCAGAACCAAAUUAUGAAACUUUGAAGAUGCUAUUAAAGCAUUUAUUGAGGGUUACAGAAUACCACAAACAGAAUCGUAUGCAGGUGCAAAAUUUAGCCAUUGUGUUUGGACCAACUUUAAUGUGGCCAGAAUAUGUUUCAUCAAAUAUUGCUUUGGAUAUGAUGCAUCAAAAUAGAAUUGUAGAAUUUCUUCUUUUAGAAUUUGAUAAAAUAUUUGAUUUUUAACCAGUUAUUAGCUAUGGACUAAGGGUAAAAACAAAAUUUUGUGUUUACAAAAUUUUAUUGUUCAAUGAAAUUUUAGUUUUUCUAUGGGCCUUAUAUGUAUUCAAUAAAACACACAUUUAAAAAGAUAGUUAUCUAUGUAAAUAAUAUGGUCUAUUCAAAUAAUGUAAAAAGUAUACCUCUAUAUCAAUAAUAUAACAAAUAUGUAAAAUGUACAUAUAAUAUAUUUUUUGUAUAAAUUGAAGAUAUUGCUAGAAAUUAGACUUUUAAGCAUAAAUGUUUUAACUAGUUGUUAAGUUUUAUAUAUUUGAAUAAAUAAUCAUUAAUGUAGUUAAAUACAAGUUUCAACUGUGCCCAUAUUGCUGCCUUUAACAAUUAUACUAUAUAAUAGGAAAUAAUCACACAUCAGUUAUUGUUUAUGAACUGUUUUACUUUUAAAAUUUACAGUUCUUUUAUUAUUGGCCAUUAUUGUCUUUGUAAUUAAAUAAAAAAUUUUGUAUUUUUAGAGUUGAAUUCACAAAAAAGUUUUUUUACAAAUUAUUUUUGAAUUAAACUCUAAAAUUUGUAGCCGUACUGUAAUAUAGAAUAUAUUUUGAGAAAAUGAUUUUUAUAUGUGAUACAUGUUUGUACAAAAAAAACACCUAUGUAUAAAUUGUUAUUGUGACAAUCAGGUUUCUUUGAUUUCUGUUGAUUAAAUUACAGUUAACUUGCUUGAAAGUAUUAAUUUUAAUGUGUGAUUUGGAAAUGUUUUUUUAUGUUUUAUAUUUUUCAAUGCUGGGAAACUAAUGUUAUACGUUUGAAAGUAUUGUAUAAUCAAGUAAUAUAUUUUUGUUUUUUACAAAUUUUCUUUUAAAUAUACAAGAUAUAUUAAAGAGGUUGAAAUAAUGAUAUAUUUUGAGAAAAUCACUUCGUAUAAAAAGAUUAAUAUUAAAUAUUUUUUAUAAGUAUAUACAUUUAUUGAUGAUAAAACUAGUUAAUUGUCAAUCCCUCAAAACAAGACUGAGAGACAAUUUUUAUGUCUGAAAUGGAUAUGUUUUUUUCCAGACAAAUAUAGAAAAAGUGUUUAUGAAGGAAGUUAUGUCGAAUUCAAAUUUUAAAUACCCUUACAAAUGUUUUGAAAAUCUUGAGAAAAUCUGCUUAUAAUAACCGAAGAUUUAUAGUUUUCAAGAUUGAGCUUAUUCAUAAAUUCUAUUCAAAUUCAUUAAAAUUAAGCUUAAAUAGUAGACUAUCUUAGGCCUAAAACAUUACCAAAAAAAAAUUUUUUUUUUCAAAAGAAAAAAAUUUAUAUUGUAAAAAAAAAUAAGCUUUUCAUACUACAACCCAAGUAGACACUUCCCAUUUUAGAAUUCAAUUGAACUCCUCUUUACUUUUAAUGCGGACAGAAAGAUAUGUGAAAUUUGGCAUCAAUUUAAGUAUCAAACUUAUUCAUUAAUUUAAUUUCUUAUUUUAUUUAUUUUUAAAGGGAAUUUCUUAACAUGUUCCAUUUCAGCAUCUUUUUGUUUUCCUAAGUGUAGAAUAUAUCUGUUUUUUUUUUCUUUCUUUCAAACUUUUUCUUUUUUUUCCAUUUUAUAUUUUUACUCAAUAUAGAGAGGCUAUAGUUGUGGUAUAAUUGAAAAUAUAUUUUAUAUAUAUUUUAGCUUUAAUAAUAUAACUUUGACUGAAAUUUUUAAUGAGCUUCUUUAUAAUGAAUUAAAUGUCUGGGGAGCGACUGUGGAAAUACUCAACCUUGUCUUUACUUUUCCCUCAAUGUUUCAACUUUUUUGCAUUUUGUAUAUAUUUUAUAUUGUUAUGUUUAUAAGAUUAUUAUAAACACUAAUUGUGAUUUUUUUACUGAUGUUCCUAGCAAAUUGUACUGUCUAUUUGAGAUAUUUUAACACACAAAGAAUAUUUAAAUAUGUAUUUAAAGUUGUAUUAAAGUGAUUGCCUUUCUUAGAUGUUAUGAAAAAAAGCAGUCUUUCAAAUUUCAACUUGUAUUUUGUUUAAAAUCAGUAUUAUUAUAAUUGCUAGAUGGUAAUUAAUAACUUCAAUUAUUUAUUCUUUACUUUAAAAUAAACUGAAUAUUUAAAUUAUUUAUUUCGCUUGAUAUUAUUUAUGUGAAGAAUUUUGUUGGUUAUUCAAUUCUUAUGCUAAUGCAUGCUAGUCUGUAACUGCGACUGAUAAUUGACUGCCAUUUCCACUGGGUGCUAUCAUUCCAAUGUAAUGAUGCAAGCUCUGUUCUUUUAAACAGCAGCACAAAUCAGUUUCUAAAAGGAUCACAUGGAUUUAUGUAUAUCAGUAUUUCUGUGAAGUAUUUAUAUUUUUCUUGCAUAUAUUUAUAUAUAUAAAUAGAUUUUAGUAAUAUAGAAAUGAAAUCAGUUAUGUUUGAAAGUGUUGUUUUCUGCUUUGAGGGUAACAAUAUAUGACACUUGCCAUAAUAUGUAUAUCAAACUGUUUAAGUAAUUUCUUUCUUAUAGUUUGUACUGCUUAAAACCAAAUAAAACUAGCAAAUCACAUUA